CCUGGUAAUGAUGAAGUGCAGCCUGGUAAUGAUGAAGUGCAGCCUGGUAAUAACAAAAUACAGCCUAGUAACAACAAAAUGCAGUCUGGUAACAGUAAAAUACAGUCUGGUAACAACGAAAUGUGGUCUGUGCAUCCUGAUAAUAAUGAUAAAAUGCAUCCUGUUAAUCAUGAUAGCAAUGAUGAAGUGAAUCCUGAUAGCGAUGAUGAAGUGCAUCAUGUUAGCAAUAAUAAA